AUGAGUUCGGUUUGGAAGCGUUUGCAACGUGUAGGGAAAAAGGCGUCAAAGUUCCAGUUCACAGCUUCAUAUCAGUCUUUGACUGUUGAAUGUGUUCGAGGUGGAAAAUGGUAAGAACCAGAUUCAAAACCUUUCGCCGGUCCAUCGUACGUAUGUUUAUGUCCACAUUUUAAUAUACGCCCCAACGUGACUAUCCAUGUUAAUCCCAGAAAAUAACUCAUCACUACAUGUUAAAAUUGCCAUGUUUUCACGUUCACCAUGGUAUCAACAGUUUUACUGAAACGUUCAUCAGGAUAGAAAAAAAAUCGAAGCACCCGAGGGUGUAUAUACAUCACAAUUCCUUCCGUUUUUGAAAAGAAAAUGAAACGAGCUUUCACGUGAUUUUCAGUCUCUCUUGUCGUUGUCUUUGUUUCCUAGAAAAUCAUUCUUUUUCUUGGCUUUUAAUCGUCGAAUUUGAUAUUUGUAUCAAUAUUUUUUUCUUUCGUCGUGGCAUGCAUGUAGUGCUCCUACGUGAUUUGCAACGCGAGAAACCUCAGACAUGCAUGGGUCUCCGAGUUGAAUUCAGUUAAACAUAAGAAAAUAAAAGCAAAUUAAGAGCUAGAAAAAAUUAUGUGCUUUCGACGAAACAACAAAGAAUUCAUUUUCGUUAAUUUUCACCUGAACAAAAAAAUUAUGACCAUUUUGUAUUGUUUGACCUAAACUAUGUUUAUAUAUGAGAAAGCAAUUAUUCAAGUGUUGAGUCAAUACCAUUCACUCAUUUGUCAAUGGAGUGCAAAUUGUAGACACUAAUGAAUAUCUGAAAGUGGAUUUCAUUAUUUAAUGUUAAUUAUUAUGAACUUUGGAAACCCUGACCAAAAAAUAGCUAUAAAUAGUUUGAUCUUCAAGGUGGAAGGUUAAUGUUCAUAUACACAAGAUUCUGCUUAUUUAUUUUGAUUUUGAAGCCGCUGAUAUUUAACCUUUUGGACUCUGAGGAAUUUUGUAAGCCACUUAGAGAAAUACAUGAAUCAUCCAUGGUUUUAAUUUAGAUGGUGCCCUUCCUGUUCUUGAGACAAACUGUACAUCACUAUAACCAGAAACAAAGGAACAGGAAUUUGCACAUCAAUGAUAAAAUUAAACCUUAACAUAUUGAUUGCAAGUUUUCAAUUUUUUAAGAAAAUCAUCAUGAUUAUUAUUAUUGCCACAUGUAAUUAAAAAUUAAAAUUAUCUUAGUUUAAUGUUAUAAAGCAUGAGUCUUCUCAAUCUAACCUCUUUAAAAAUUGUUAUAGGCAGCCAAACAAACUUGUUAUUGUGUGGACAAGAAGAAAAAGAAGAAAACUUUCCAAGGUGAAUUUUUCUUUGAAUACUUUAAUUUUUGAAAAUAAUGUUGCAUUUGCUCUGUAAUUGGGACUUUCACCAACAAUUGAACUGCAUACAGUCUAGUGUCUUUGUGAUGGAUACUAUUGAAAGCAAAUGCAGUCAAACCUGUAUUAAGGGGCACUGUAUUGACCCUUUAAAUCCUGAGAUCUGAUUUUUGAUUCUCCCUUUUAGCUAGAAAUUACAUGAUAAUAAGUUAAGAGAAUUUGGUGUGAGAUCAAGAUAACUUCCACCUGAUAAGUUUGAGUGUUCUCAUCACCUGUUUACUGAAUACGAUAUGGAUAUUAUAGGGAGAAGUUACAUGUUAAUCACUUCAGGGAGUUAUUUAGGGUUAAGCAGUCACCCUGUAUUAAGUGGUCAGUUGUCAUAGUCUUGAAAUUUGUUCUCCCUUAGUAUUUUCUAUUUCACCUGUAUUCAGCAAUCACCUCUAUCAAGCAGUCACGAUGAUUGUUAAGACAAUUCUUGUCCCAUUGUUGUUAACUGAUCACAUUCAAGAAUUUGUUACAAAUUUGAUUAAGAUGCCAUUCUUAUGGUUGGACAAUGAUUAAUCUAAGAUGAAACUGAAUAAUAAGACGUUGACUUUACUUGAUUAUUUAAACUGUGCAGCCAAUGUCAUGGCAACCAGGAAUCAGCAACCCUUUCCGAGGGAUCAUUGUUUGGCCAGAGCCAGAACCUGUUGAAAUCAACGUUACUCUUUACAAGGUACAUGUUAGGUAGUUUUUAGCUAAAGAUACAUGUACAUGUUAUUCUGCUAAUCGAAAAUCAGAUGGUUCAGUCAAGGUUUUUGUAAUAUGUAUUACUGUAUACUCUUGGGCUAGGCUGGGCCAGGUCUGAUACUUAUCCUGUAUUAGUUACAUGAAAGUACCAUGAUACAUGGAAAACAGGGCUUAUUUCCAGUGCAGGGGGGCUGAAGAGUCAGUGCUGAUGUAGGAACCCUCUGUAUGGGUGUGGGGCAUAUUUUCCAAGAAAGUAUUUUGUAUGUUAUUUUUGCUGAUAGUAGAGGGGCUCAAGUGUGUAAUUACCAUACGUACAUGUAGUUUGCUAGUCAUUCUGAAACAGCUAAAAAUUGAAUUUCUGUUUAAUGCACAAUCAACAACAUACAAAAACCCAAUGUAUCUUAAAACUACAGUGUAAACCUUGUAUUUGUGCCACUUUUUCUUAAAUCAAGGACCCCAAACCAGAUAGUGAGUUUGAGGACAAGGAGUGGACUUUUGUCAUUGAAGAUGUAAGUUUUGAAUAUGAAUAGUAAUUAUUGUCAGUAACUAGAUAACAUUCAGCUGGUUAUAGUGUGUUCAGGUUUCAUAGCAUAAUUGCAUUCCAUACUUCAGUAACUUAGCUUUACUCAAUGUAACUAAGGAGAUACCAAGCAGAAUGCUAAAUUACUUUUAUUAUUACUCCUAAAAGUCAAACUUUUGUCUUUACUUUGUCUUUUUUUUAUCUAUUUUUUUUCUCCCACCACAGGAAGCCCAGAAUGGAAGAAGAAAGCCCAUAGCUACAGGUGCUAUCAACAUGGUUGAUUAUGCCAGUGUGGAAAGCCACACCUUUGAUGUCACACUUACCCUGAAAGUUGCCAGUAAGAAGUUAGUGUCAGCUUCCCUUGAAUUGAACCUGACCUGUGUAUUGAUCAAGGAGGGGAUGGCUACGUAAGUAACAACAUGAAAAGACUGAGAGUGUUAUGAUUGUGCUAGAAAACAGGGUAACUGGUCAAAUCGCCUGAGAGUCAUCUUACUCGAAGUCACAUCACCCAAAACCUGAGUUAUGUUGCCUGAAAUUUUAGUUAUGUUGCCCAGAAAAAAAAGUCAAGUUGCCUUAAGAAACAAAUACUAAAUAUAUCAGAAUUUCUGACCAUAAAUAGGCAAUAAAGUCAACAAUGCUUCAUUUUGUUGUUAGAAACGGACAACACUUACCUUUAUUGUUAGAAAUGAAUAACACUUUUAGAAUCGUUACUGAAACAUAUUUAAAUUCCGACCAUACAAUCAAUUUCUUUGUAGUCAAAGUCUUCAUGGUGGUGUUACAAACCAUGAAACAUUUUCUCAAGCUUACAAGAUGUCAGUGAGUAAGAAAUGAUUACAUGCCAAAGGAAAAAGACUUCAUUUUGUUGUUGGAAAUGAACAACAUUUCCCUUUGUUGUUAGGAACAAACAAUGCUUUUAGAAUCUUCGUGGUGUAGUCAGAAACAAAGAGCACUUUAGUGAUAAAAAUUUGUCAACUUUAUUGCCUAUUUACAGUCUGAAAUUCUGAUCUUUUCAGUAUUUGUUUCUUUGGGUGUCUUGACCUUUUUUUUUCUGGGCAACAUAACUAUAAUUUCAGGCAACAUAACUAUAAUUUCAGGCAACAUGACUCAGGUUUCAAGCAACUUGACUGUAAACCAAAAAUAGUAUGCAAGAAAAAGAUUUUAACUUAAUGGAAGAAGUAUAUUGAGACAAAGGCCAAAAGAUGAUUGCUAUUUGGAUGAUAAAUUCUGAUAAAACUAUAUUAGCAGCAUUGUAGCAAAAUGUAUCUGGAAAUGAAUCGGAUUAGAAUUUACAUGUAUCAAGUGUAGAUGAUUCCUGUUGAGGAAAAAGGGGUGUGUGGUUGUGGGCUACAAGGCUGACUUUAACAUGAUGAUGGUUGUGUAGAUUGGUUAUGGCUCUAAUUUCAAUGUGCUCUAAAUACUAUGGACAAGCACAUGAGGCAAUUAUCAAAUAACUGCCUUCUUUGACUGUAAGUUCAGUAGAAGAGGAUUCAAAGGAUUCUUUAAGACAGUAGUUUCUUUAUGCACAAUUUUGAUUAUUAGUCUGUAUGUACAUGUAUGUGUGCUGGUGUAUGCAAGUUGGUGUGUAUGAGUUUGUCAGUUGGGGAGUUGACUGUAAUUCCUUGGGUCACAUUAGGAUGAUUAAUUGUUAAAACUGUACCUAAUUCUAAAUUUGGACAUACAGGUGUUGUUAAGUGGCGUUCCUAAAAUUACCUGUUUUUUUACCUGCCUGCUGUUUUGUGAGACUCAGAGCCUUCCUUCAAAACUCAAAAUCCCUUAUAAAGAAAGUAGAGUUAUUAAAUAUAAAUAGUUUGUAAGAUUUCUGCUGUAAUUGCUACCUAAAGUUGUUCUUUUUUUUUUAAUUUUUAUUUUGGCAAUAGUGAUGAUGAUAUGAUCAGUAUUGGUAGUAUGAUGAGCUUGAAUGACUCCUAUUACUUUGAUGAUAAUGAUGAUGACAUGGAAAUGGCACCAUCCCCAAGAUUUCAUAGACGAAACAUGUCACAGGGCAAUAUGAAAGUACAAGGUACCAUUACUAAAAUAACAAAGUGUUGAUUUACAGAAUGAUUCUUUAACAAUUAUUUGCUGAGUGCAAAGUGAAUAUUGUUGAAUAACCCCUAAGAUGAAGUCAAGGGGAUUACUUGACAAUAUUUGCUGAGCCUGAGGCAAAUGAUUGUUUUAGCAUAAUUGUGCAGGUGCUUUUGAAUUUCUUGUAAAUUAAUUUUGUUGUUGAAACUGUUCACAAGAAUUUAAUAAUAAUAAUAAUAAUAAUAAUAAUAAUAAUAAUAAUAAUAAUAAUAAUAAUAAUAAGCUUUAUUUCAACUGAUAAGACUAAUCAGCAAUCUAAUAGAUUGGCUGGUAUGAACUAGUGAUCAGCAUGAUAAAUAGUAUCAAUCAAAAUCAAAGGACAAACCCUAUAAAGAACUAAAGUAUGAAUUAAAAUAAAAUAAAAUAUAUAGAAAAGCUAAUACUUAUUUUAAACUACAUAAAUGAUUAGAUUUAUCGUGUCCUAAAAUAAAGUAAAUAAAGUAAAUUAAAUAAAGUAAUAAAGUAAAUUUGAUGGGUUUAUUUAAUUCAAUCAGCAAAAACUACAUAUCAUUUUUUCAAAAAGUGCUAGCUUCUUUUGUGCUCUUCUUGAUUGAGUUUUCUUCUAUCACAUUUAUCACUUCCCCUGUAGCAUUGAUGGCAGGCAGCUAUUUUGAAAUUUAGUGCCCCAGCUUUAGUCACCUUAUGCUUGGUGAUUAUGGUGAGAUAUGAUGCAAUCCUCAACCAACUCUAUAAUCACUGUCAGGACAUUCCUUUAAAUUGCCUCAAAAUUUCAAUGUGACAUGCACUUAUUGGUCAAAGGCAAAUGGCAAAAGUGAACUCUGAUUAAGGUUUAAAGGAUAUAAAUUCUUCAGCACUGCAGAUGAGGAAAAUCAGCACAAAAAGCAAUCUCAUAUUCACAGUUUAAUGCAGAUAUUUUAAGGAUUAAAAGAUGCAGAAACAUACCUAAUCAUCCUGUUCAUCAGAUAUUUUAACUUAAGAUUAACAUACCUUAUCUCCUGUUCAUCAAAAACAAGAUUCUUUGGAAGUCAAUCUAUUGCCAUAUUAGAAUAAAAACAACAUUUGGAGGGAAAAAAACAAUACCAAUUUGUUUGUUUCUCACAAACAAUGAAUUCUCUUCCAAAAGCUGUAACCAGCCUGCAAGAGACAGAAUUUGCCAGAAGCAGAUCACCAACAGCAUCUCCAGUCCUUGGCAAGAAACGUGGCAGAAUAAGAUCCAAAUCAUCUUUGGGAGAAAAUCCUAAGACUCUAGUUAAUGACCUUCUGAAAGCAGAAGGCAUGAAAAGGUGAGAGGAAAAGAAUGAUGAAGUCAAGGUACUCCUCUUCUACAUGCAUGGUCGUAUAUUACAUGUAUGCCCUUUAGAACACCUUUUUUGCCCUAGACUAAAAAUCAAAUGUUUGAUUUAAGGUCAAGCACUGACUCAGAUGCAUCUGCAGACACUUCUGAUGGUGGCCAGGUAAUGUUGAAUCCCCUCAUCAUCUUGUACACAAGUAUUCAAGACUGAGCCCAGUCCAUGCUGUAAACAACAAGUGUGACUGUCCCAUGGUGACAGAUAAUCAAAGUGCAUUAUUUGAGUAUCACAUGUGUACAUAUGCAUAUUUUUUGUACCUUCCAGUCUUUUAUUACAUACAUCAUGCACGUCUUUGCUAAUUAAUAUGAUGAGACGUGUGUGAGUGUGUGUGUAACAUGAUAGCUUUUUCCAGUAUAUAAGUUUUCCUUUCACGAUUUGUCACUUCUUCAGACACAAAAGUUCUUUCUUUUACACAGCAAUGUAACACAAAGGAUUCUUUUGGCAUCAAAUAUGAAAGACAUAUCACACGCGCAUGUAUAUGCGUAUAUACGCACGUGUAUAUGUAUAUGUAUGCGCAACUCUGUGUGCAUAUGUGCUUAUACAAUUUGUGUGUGCACUCAACGCAUAUCUGAUCAGUACUGUAUGUACAUUUAUUUCAGGAUACUAAGGACAAGAGUAAGAUGGAAUCUGAGCUGAUAAGUAAGUGGUGCAUUGUCCCCUGAUCACUUCAACAACUUUUAACUCCCUUCCUGGCUCAACAAUACAUAAGAGGUCACCUUGGCAACCAAGCCGCAACCCACCUCUAGGCACUUGUCAACACAACAUUAAUAAACCAAUGUGUGGAAUGAUGUGUGGGGGGAAGAGAGGAAAACAAAGCAAGCAAAGUAGGAAAGCAAACUUGACACGAGCAUAAGGCAAUGCCCGUGUAAACCACCCUUGACCUCCCCCUCCCUUAAUUUCCCUUCCCCCCCUCACCCCUCCCCUUACUCGACCCCCCCACCCAUGAUCCCCCUUCCCUUCACCCCUUCCCCUGACCCCUCUUUCCUUGACCCCCCCCUCCUUCCCUUGACCUCCCCUUCCUUCCAAAGUUUAGUCCCGUUCUCUUUCUUUUCCAAUAAGAGUACUUUACCGAUGAACCACUCCUGAUGGGAAGUCCGGCUGGUGGGUCAUUGUGGGAUUCACUGAAAGCUUUAUCAUUUGCGUAAUGUAUAUUAGCUGUGAUGAAAAUGUAGUUAUUUGUCUUGUAGAAUGGGCACGAACAUGUACUAAAGGCUACCGUGGAGUGAAAGUUAAGGAUAUGACAACCAGUUGGAGAGACGGACUUGCAUUUUGUGCAAUUCUACACAGCUUCCAUCCGGAUAAAAUGUGAGUGGUGAUUAUCGUGCAUCUUCGUACCUGAAUGUGCUUCUUAAUACAUGUUACUUCAGAGUACACAAUGGUUUUCUUUUGCUUGGAGUAUUUGUGAUACAUCUGCUGUUUUUUUAUUGCUUUUCUGUAGUGACUUUUCCUCACUUGAUGCAACGAACAUUAAAGAAAACAACAAGUUGGUAAGGACUUGUUUUUGAUAUUUCACCAUAUUAGUAGCAUGCUAUUUUGUAGGUUUCGCUAGUUGUAACGUGGUGUUGUUAAGGUGAGCGGUUAUCUUAGUUAAAACACUGUAGAAUUAUCUGACUGAUCGUGCAGUUUGAGCCGAAGGAUGAGGGUUGUCGUAAAAAGGACUGUUAUCGGUAGUAGUUAUGAAUAUUUUGCCAACUUGAGGAGUUCUCUCUUUUAAACGAUCAAACUGCAGGAUCGGCCAUUAAAGCCAUUUACACGUCUUUACGAAAUAGCAUGUUAGAAUGAACAUUUCAACCCCGAUUUUUGGAGCUGAUUUUUAAACUUUAUAAAUUUUAUAAUUAUCUCUCUUGACUUUUUUUAUCGGCUGACCGCUCAACUUCACUAAUCUUUGCACAAUUAAUUCAUCUCAUAUUUAUUUUUUUUUUCCAAUCAUUUAGGCUUUUACUGCUUUUGAGAAGCUGGGUAUUCCACGUCUUCUGGACCCCACCCAGAUGAUGUUCACAACCGUUCCGGACAAGCUAUCUGUGAUGACAUAUGUUUAUCAAAUCAAGAAUCACUUCAGUCGGACGCGACAACCGCUCCCUCCGAGCCCACUCAGUCUAGAGACGUCACCCAGACCGCGAAAAUUACCCGUCCCACCACAAAUGACGGUUACCUCCACAGAGGAACCAACAGAACAGGAUGAUGCUGCUGUAGAAGACAAUGAUAGCGGUGGAGACAGCGAGGUGGCCGCCUCCAAGGACAGCAAGGAAGAGAGCAACCCAUUUUUGGACGAUCAGAAGGGGGACGAUGAAGCUGCCACGUCCGAUUUGUCGACGAAUCCUUCUGCCAGCAGUUCAAGUGAAGUUAACGGGAGCGAAACAAUUAGCAAGCAAAACAUUGAGACGGCUUCUUCGGAUGCAAGCGUAGAUAGGAAAAAUUCCGCGGAGGAGAAUGAAGACAAGAAGAAAGAUAUUCUUGUAACAAGUGAUGUGAAACCACCUCCUAAACCCCCAAGAAUUUAUCAGACUGAUACCAAAGACGAUACGAGUUUGAAGACUGACGAUAAUGAAAAUAAGAAGGAAAAUACUGAAUCAAAGCCGUAUAAUCCUUUCGAUGAGGACGAUAGCGAAGAUGUAAAGGAAAAUAACAAAACCGAUCCAAGUACAAAAUCCACGAAUCCCAGCAAAGGUUACAACCCUUUUGACGAUGACGACGAUGAUGUUGCAGCUGAUAGCUCUACAGAGAAGGACAGCAAGCCAGGUUAUAAUCCAUUUGACGAUGAUGACAAUGAAGAAGACGCAACAGAAACUAAUAAAAACGCCAAGAAGAAAACAUCCGGUGUAAUUAAAAGACAAGUGUCUUAUCCCCAUUAUUAUAAUCCGUUCGAAGAAGGCGCUGACGAUAAGUCGAAUGCUACUGAUGAAGGCUCACAAAGAACUAAACCCAAAGAAAAGAAAGAGACUAAGGACACUGUGUUAAACUCGACAACAAAGAGUUAUAAUCCUUUUGAAGAUGAUGAUAAUGAUGAUGAAAGUUUGAAUGAUAACAAGACUGCCGUGCAAGGUAAUUCAACAAGAAAGUCUAGCACGGAAAGGAAAACCAACGUGAACAGAGUUGCCCAGUCUGGGACGAGUUCUCCGUCUGCUGCGCUUAAACCGGCGGUAAGGACAUUAACCCUACACAGCCUAACAUCUACAUGCAUAUUCUCCUCACUGUUCUCUACACAUUUCUUAUGAUACCACAAGGAAAAUUUGUGUAGCAAUCAAGGGUGAUCGUUGUUGGUGAUCAUUUCUUUCUUCUCGUGACGUUAAUGUUUGAUUUAGGGGUGACAAUGUAAGGAGAAAUGAAGUUCUAGUCAUUUUUACGGGUGGAAGAGUUAGAGAGGUGAGGGGCCAUGCUUACAGUAACGGCAUUGUUUAAAUUAUGUAAAAUAGUCGCAUGUGUUGAGGACUGGAGAAAGUUUUCUAUUUUCCUCUUGGAUCUACUUAGAAUUAAUGGAGAUGUUAACAAAACAUCAGUGAAGAGGUCUGUAAUCAAUUAAUUGCUUUCAGUUUCAACCCUCUACCUCCCAUGACUGACCCAGACAGAAUUCCUCCUUACAACAUCAGUUCAAUAACAAGCAGAUUAGUGAUGAGAAUAAGAAAAAUAUCAAUCAGAGGAUUAUUACCCAAUUAAAAUCACAAGACAGUAAGGAGAAUCACUCAUGAGAUCUUGGGAGUGAAAGGUUUUAAUCAAUGUAUUUCUGUAUUGCAGGAGACAAGUGCAAAGAAAAGGCGUGCCCCACCCCCACCGGCAGUACGUUCAUCUGAUGAUCCCUGGACAGCGAGACUUCCCACAGAGGUUACUCCCGCUGUGAGUGUUGAGUUGUUAUUAAUAUAAAGGAAAGUGUAGACUAUGUAAUAUGAGCUUGAGGACCACUCCAUGAACUGUUACUCUUGGUUUCGAACAAUCUUUAAUUGAAAAACUGAAAUAGGAAGAAAGAAAGAAGUUUUCUCAUUAGGGUGAACAUUAACAGAUCUUAGGUCAUCAGUUAAAUCGCCAUAUUUUGUGUACACGUCCUUAAGUGAGAGUUUAGAUAAGAUCACGAUAAAUGAGUGACUAUUAAUCUAACCAUUUCUUUCAGAGACAACGUCGGUCGCGGCCGACAGAAACAAGCGGUGAACAGCAAACAUCUCCUAAUGCAUCCCCCGCGAAAAGGGCUCCAAAGAGGGCCGCCCCUGCUCCUCCGAGGCGACCACCUCUCAUCCCCUCUUUUGAUGAAUGGAAAAGUGAGCAAACGGACGGAGGCGCUGCUGGUGAUAAUGAAAGACCAGCAGUUUCUAGCACAGGAGACACACAUGAGAAAUCUGAAAGCAGUGGUGGGGCAUCUCCAAAAGCAGCACCCAAAAAUUCCACCGCCGACGCAGCUAAUCAGGCGGAUAUAAAACUUCUUGCGCGCCAAGUACUGAUGGACGCGCGGAAGAAGGCUGGCGCUAGCGGUGCGUUACCUAGGGAACGAGUGGCAGAAAUCGCCAAAGCUUCUAAAGGGCCAACCGCUGAUAAAGCAACCGCUAACUCAGAUGAGCGCGAAGGUGGUCCACAAGGGAAGGAAAUGGUAACAAGAUGGCUUAUGAAUGGCUGUUUUUGGUGAUAGCUUGGUGUCGGGCUUGGUUCAUUAUGUUUGCCACGUUACCAGUGGUUAAUUGGCAUAAUUCUUUGCUGUUUUUGUUGUUUACUUUGUAUUAAAUGAAAAACCAAAUAGCUACUUUUUCUCUCUCUUGUCAAGCUGUAAUUUAUUUCCUUUUAAGUUAGCCCUGCUAAUUUAAUGUUCUAAGGUUAAACCCUCCAGCUGAUAUGUUAGAUCAUUCUCAACACCUGUUUGCUAUACAUUGUAUUAAUUUUUUUUUCAAGGAGAUGCUGUAUGUUAAUCACUUUAGAAAGUUAAGAGUAAAACCUAAUUCUUAUCUGUCAUUGCAAGGUUGAUGACGAGGAGGCUUUGAGAAAAAAGGAGAAUCUGAGACAAAGAAAGGUUUGUCGAUCUAUUGAUUCGUGAGCUGAAGUCAAAAGAAAACUUUAAAAAAAAUGAUUAACUUCACCGGAGGUCACUCCUUGAUGAAAUUGUAAACGCUUGGAAGUUUAACUCCUCUAGAGCUCUGACUCUUCCUUGAUUUCGUUUCUCUAUUUCGUUAUUUACCCUUCAUUCGAGAGUUAUAAAAGGAAAAUUUUUAAUGGUUUAUAACAGACUGUGUAUAAAGCCAUAGUAUUUCGCUUGAUUGCAGGAGGAGCUUUUAAGACGAAAAAAGGCCACAGAGAAAGCACAAAAAAUGGUCCAAAAUGCCGUUGAUAAAGAGAGGGCACAAAAACAGCCUUCUUCACCGCAACAAACGAUAAGUGAACAAACAAAUCAGGAAAGUAGCACUGGGGGAAUCAAUACUGACAGCACUAGUGGCGAUCAGAAGACGGCUGGGAACAAGAACUUACAACACCGUCCGCUGAAACUGAAGGAUAAAGAAAAUGAUGAGAACAGACGAAAAUUAUCACCGCCUCCCAAGAAUGAAUUUAAAGAAAGCGACGAACUGCAGCGAAUUAGACAAGUUUUGAAUCAAGGAAAGAAGGACAGAAAAUCUAGUAAUUCUGAUAAUUCUGGUCAAGACAAAAACUCUUUGCGUGCACAAAGUCCCAAGCCUUCGCAGGAAGGAUCAAGAAAAAUUUCGCACGGUAAACCAUCCAAACAUAGUGCGGUGAAUGGGGUGAAAAAUAUUCCUGAUCCUACGGCGCCUCCGCGCCCCAAAGCACGUGGAGCCAACGCAGGUCUGCAUGCUUAUGUUAAGAGUAGAAAAAUGAACUUUGAGGCUUUUGAGGUGCCAUCGGAUCAAGCGCAGCAAGGUGACAAGCAAGAAAAUAUAGGGACACAACAAGGUGAGAGAAUGAACCCCAGUUCAAGUGAUUGCUGAUAUUAGCAGAAUAGCUUCACUCGUUGUAGAAAAGUGUAAUUCUCGUUAUUUUUUUGUGUCUAAAGUAAUAAGGGAUGGUAGCAGAUAUGAAAGUUUUUCCUUUGUUGUUCGUCCAUGGUUAUUAACCCUUACACCCAAAUAUAAAUAUUCAUUUUCUCCUCACUUUUCCCUUUACAUUACCCAUGGCACUGACAAGGAGAAUUUGUUUUACAAUCAGGUGCUUAAAUUGUGGAUUAUUUUCUUUUUUCUCAUGACCUUACUUUGUUUCAGGGAUGAUAAUGGAAAGAGAAAUUAGAUUUCAAACCCUUUUACAUAAAGGUUAAAGGGUUAAUUCGUUUUUCGAUGACCGACCGAGCUUGAACUGUGCAUAUUUCUUUUGCUUUCUCUUUUCCUUAUCAUCGAGGUACGAUUAACAUUUUACUGGCGGAAUAUCUUUAACUCUCGUAGUACCCACUUGGGUAAGAUAGAUUUAUUUUUCUUUCUUUCCAAGGUGUUCAAGAUAAUGAUACAAAAGACGAUUCGUCCAAGGUAACUCAGAGCCAUACAGUAGAGAAAUUUUUCAUUUAGAGUUGAAAGUUAUCCAGAAUUACUUUGGUUUUACUUUUAUCGCUCAGUGAUUCGUUGGUUCAGGAAACCCGCGCCGCUUUCGAAACUAAUCGAAUUCAAAACUUAAAAAAAUUGCAGCAUGAUCGCUCGCAUUUUCCCGUGCUUCGAGGGAUUUGUGUGAUUUUACUCUGGGCUCUGAUUGGCUCUGUGAUAUUUCCCUUUGUUCGGAUUGGCUGAUGUGAUUACUUUGGUGUUGGUUAAACGACACCAUAAUCGAAAAGUGUUCUAUAUUCCAAUUCACAGAAUUCUUUCUUUGGGUUUUUUGUUGGAAUUUGCUUAACUGUUUGCUGGACCCAAUUGUUAUCAUUAUUUAAGGAUGUGUCUUUCAUUACUGCCUUUUUUUCCGUUACGGACAUACAUAACUUUUAGUUGUAUUUCUUCUUUAGGAUGAAGUCGCCAUAAUAGAUGAUGAAGGACGGGAAUCAGGGGAACCCUCACAGGUGUGUUUUCGUCGUCUUCUGUCUGUUAAAAUUUAUUAUGUCUGAAAAAUCGAAAUUAACCUUUAGAGUCUAACUUUCAAGAUCUGGCAAAUAGAUCUACUCUUCCCGGCUUGCUGGCUUAUAAAAUAGACAGCAAAUUUUGGUCUUAUUUCAAAUGGGGAUUGUUUUUCUUUCCCUUUUUUUGAGUAUGAUUUUGGUGGGAAACAAAAGAAAGUGUCUGUGCAAAUUUUUUCGCGCAGCAUACACUGUAUUUAAAAAAGAGCUUUGUCAUGAUGUGAGUAACAACAAGGCGAUCAGAGUUAAACCAGGCACUCUUAACUGAUAUUGUAGGAUCUUCAAGACGCGUCUGACUACGUCCGCGAAGAACUGGAAAUGCUCGAAGAACAACAAAAAGCUUUGGACAAAGUUGGAGAAAAACUGGAAAUUGAGCUUCGUCGGGCGAUGCAGACUAAAGGUAAUAUAAAGCGUUGUAUGCGUUGUGUUUACCUCUCUAUCUGUUACUCAAUUAGCACGAAGAAGAGUUUCUGUAAAUCAGUGAAAUGAAGACUUAAGCUUACCGUUAACACUGUGAUAAGCACCCCGUAUAGUUCGUCAAGUUUAAAAUAAGUCCCCACCCACCCCUCUCUUGUAAGCCUCCAGUUUGGUAAGGCAAUCAGAACGUAAUCAAACCUGUUUGCUCAGUGCCAGUUAAAUGAAACAAAGUGAAAGAGGGCUCCAGUCAAAAGAUGAUUGAAAAUACAGGGAUUCUUAUGAGCCAGGGGAACGGAACAAGAGCUCGCAUAGCGUUAGUCAGGCAUGUUCUCUGGAAUAUAUUAUACAGGUUGUGAAGAUGAACGAGAAAAACUUAUGCAGGAAUGGUUCUUACUGGUUAACAAGAAAAACGAGCUGGUCAGAAGACAAGGUGAACUGAAUUUACUGUAAGUACAUUACAUUUUAUUUAUUUAACUUCAAGUUAUAGACAUGCCCAAUGUGCACUCUGGUUAAACUCUACAAUUUUCGCAAGGACCGUUCAAAGCCUUAAAGCGACGAAUGCGAGUCGCCGGAGGGACAAAUUACGCCUUCCAGGCACAUAUUCUCAUAGUUUGCUUCAUACUUGAUAUCCGCUGUCUUUCGGCUUUCAGUUUUUUGUGUCAUUGUUUUAAGCGCCAAGUGGUGAAGCUUUUUCGUGCGUUAUUGGUGACCAUUGGUUCGAGACAGGGCGCAUGACGACAAAGUAUCGAAAACUAAUAUCAGAAUGAUACGAGCAGCCAAUCAGAAAAAAGGACAAAAAUCAUCAGGAGCCUAUUAGAACUCAACGCUAACGCAUGUAACCAGCAUAAAGCGCGGGAAACCGCGCAAGACCCAGGAGUGAUUGAAUUUACUUAUCACUUGUUGGUUGAGAGUGAUGUGAAAGUUUUACGUAAUUCAAUAACACCAGUACGGUCCCAAUCAUUUGAAGCUUUUUAGAAUGAGUGAGGUUAUAUGAAGUUGUUUUGUUAUGUCUCCCUAACAAUAGGAAGAACGAAGAGGACCUGGAAAGGAGUAAGGACAUGCUACAACGAGAACUGCGAGCCAUUUUGGAAUUGGAAGGUAACUGCAAGAAUAAUUUUUGGAAGACAUAUGCAGCCUGUGAACUUGUUUUGCAUUGUAAAUUUACACGGAUUGAACUGUUUGCUUCUUAGAUUGGCAAAAGACCGAGGAGCAAAAAGAUCGUGAAGCAAAAUUAAUUGAUCAGCUGGUGUCAGUUGUCAACAAGAGGGAUCAGUUGGUGCAGUUUGAAGACUCGCAGCUUUAUCAGUGAGUAUAUGUUGGGAUUUGCAUAAAGUUGAGUCACCUACCUAACGCUUGCGGACCGGGUGGGCUUACGGUUACCGAGAAGUCUGGGUUCGAGACCUAGCCGAGUCAUUGUGAGGUGUUCUUAGGUCUACGAGUCCACAGCAACCACAUGGUUCCACUACCUUGGCAGUAAUUAAAAAAAGAUCGAUAGCCUCAAAUCCUUCACUUACUGAAACGCUAUUUCGCAAACUCAAACAGACUAUGUCUGAGGAGCACCUAGCGUACAUGUUGAAAUUCCUUCAAACCAACAAGUACACAAAAUGCAUUUUUCUGAACGAAGUACAACAGCGGGCAGCUAAAUUUCAGCAGUUAUGCAAACUGUGGUAUGUAUGAGAUACUUCAUGCCUUGUUGAAGGAGAGUUUGUUGCGAAAGUUUUACGCUUAAACUAGGGAGACUACCGCGCAGAUUUGUGUGUAGCAUACAUGUAGCUGAAUGCUUCCUAUUACAAGAACGGCAGGCUGUAUAGCUGGGGAGACUAUACGCAACUGCCUUGUGCACGCUAUAACGAUGAUAAACGUUUUGAAUUGAUUAUAAUUCAGUGCGUUUCUUUGUUGCAAUUCUUCGCAGGGCUGAGCAGGAUGCACUCCAUGUGCAAAAAGUGAUUGCUAGUGCCAGGCUUUCAAAGGACAAGAAUGAAUGUGUUCUCCAGUAGGAAUAAAUCAUGUUUAUUUCAGUUUCCUUGGCUUAUGAAACGUGAUUUCAAUCAUCCCCCAAAGUGGCGUGAGAAAGGUGUAUUAAAGAGAACAACAGAACAAAUCCUGUAAAAAUUUACUCGAGUUAGGUCGAGAUCUUAAAGGUUAUCCCCAAGUAUCUGGUACUGUAAUUGUGAAAAGCUACCCGAGCCGUUUGUCUGGUUGUUAUUUACACGUAAAUAUUUAAAUGGAAAGCGAAACAGCUAAUCAAAGACAAUGAAGAUGUAUAGUUAAUGGUUUGAAGCCGGUGGUAACAUGUGAUAGUGAAGUCUGAUCGUCCGUGUGGGUGUAGUCCUGAGGAGGACUGUUGUCGGUAGUGAUGACUGACAUUUCGACAACCUGAGCGGAAGUGAUCACCAGAGUCAAGGGAAUAGUCAUUGUCAGUUGAACAACAAUUAUUCACUACAAUCUGACAACAACUCUUUACUUGACUCCAAUAAUGACUUCCAAUGACGCAGAGGUUGUAGGAUCACACUGAUCACACUGAAGAUAUGUUUAUAGAUACUAAUAACGAGAGUUUUGAAAUGGUGACAUCUCGGGCGGGUCUUUUGCUGCAAAACAGUUCAAAGAAGGCAGUUAGCCGGAAGGUGUAGUACUCAGGCAGAAUUACUGCUUCAAAGGUUAACUGCUCUUUUCUUGUUUUUUGUUCGGUUACACUACACCUGCUUGCUUAAUAUUGAAUGGUUGUGUCAGUGAUUGCUGCACUUUUGUGUCAAAAUUGUUUUUUCCUCAAAAUUUGUGUAAGAUGAAUAUAUUGCCGAAGACGGCGUUAAAUUUAGCUUAAAUUUUCCAGUAUUAUUUUUAUAGCACCAUUAUUUAGAAAAUUUUCUAUCUGUUUCUAAAAAUGAAUAUUGCGUUGCAAAAUUUUGACACCUCAGGCUUCAAAGGCACUCGGGAGUAAUAUUGACCCUUAAACCCCAAAGAGUUAAUAGCAUCUAAGUUUUCCUUACAUAACCACUGAAUCUUUCUUAAAUGUCAUGAGAAUAAAUCUAGUGGUCGCUAACUUAAGUAGCUUUUGAUUUUUAAAAUAAUUCUCUUUGUCAUUACCAUGCGAAUUGUGUAGAAAACAGUUUGGAGUAUUUAUAUAGUAAUGUUAGACUGUAAAGGGUUAAAUCAAGGAAGUGCAGUUAAAGAACUGAUGGUUUCAACAACUAAGAAUGGUCAUCUUCUAGGAUAAAUAUUAUUUUUGUGAAAUAAUUUAAAAUUAAGUAAGUAAAUAUUGGUUGAACAUCCUAUUCCUUCCCAUUAAUCUUUAUUCCAAUUGAAAGGGAAAAAAGAAAAGAAAAUUGAGACAUAAUUUAACGACGUAACCUUCUCCGUUGUCCUUCUAUCUUAUUCUUUAACUUGUCCUCUCGUGUUCUCUAUUGGAACCAAGAGCGUUUUGAAAUUUCAUUAUUUUAUUUUUGAAAUGCUAUUCCCAGAGUGCACGACGAAU